AUGUCGUCUCCUGCUCUCGGUACUCCGACGGAGACCAACGGCAUCGCGCUGCCUACCCGCCCCACAGCAGGCCUCAGCAGCCGCGAAGGCAGCUCUGGGCCCGGCACUCCCAUCGGGUUCCAGCGAUUCCCUCACAACAAGCACCUCGAUCAUGUCGCCGGCGCUGCGUUGCGGCAACCAUCGCCGCAGCCCACUCACCUCGGCCUCCCCGGUACCCCGGGCACGCCUGGCACUCCAGGAACCCCGCACCGUGUGCUGUCCGAGGAGGACCCUGGCUACAUUGCUGAGACAUUCGAGGGCAAGCAGAAGCAGAUGGAGCAAGGUAUGAAUGUUCCCUCACCCAGUCACCAGCCGGAUGGUAGUGGCCUCGGCCCCAUAGUGAUGGAUCAAUUGGAGGAAAAGGGCUUCUUCCCCAGCGAUUUCGUCCUCUCCGAAACCACCUGGUUCUACAACAUGUUGGGCAUCGACGACACUUACUUCCAGACCGAGUCCGUCGAGAACAUCGUGACCCAGAUCCUCUCCCUCUACGCCGCCAAGGUCGCCGCCUAUGCCCGCGAUGACAAGCAGCUGGAGAUCCGCCUCGAUAAGGAAGCUGAGGACCACGCCGUCUACAUUGACACUAGUAGGCCUGGUGUGUCAACCGUCAACGGCCCGCGCUACGAGCAGCGCAUCGACGAAAAGUACAUCAACACCUCCAAGGGUGCCGACAGCUACCGUGUGGAGACCUUCCGAUCCCCCACGACUCUCCCCGGUGACGAGGGCCAGCAGCUGCGCUGCUACUUUGUCUACAAGUGCCAAUUCGCCAACCCCAACCCCGACCCCAAUGAGACCAACAUUGAAAUCAUCGGUGAGAAGCGCUUCCUGCAGAAAGCCACCCCCAACACCAAGGCCAUCUACCAGGAGAUCAUCAGCACCGCCGUCGGUCGCCACGGCCCCGUCAUUGAGAUGUUCGAGAUCGAAGGCAGCCGCGAGAAGCGUCUGGUCAUUGCCUACCGCCAGGGCUCCGCCAUGGGCCUGUUCAGUGCCCUCUCGGACUUGUACCACUACUACCGCCUAACCAGCUCCCGCAAGUACCUCGAGAACUUCUCCAACGGCAUCACCGUCAUCUCCCUGUACCUGCGUCCCUCGGCCGUGGCCGAGUCGGCCAAGUUCCCUCCCAUCGAGGCUUCGAUCCACCAGAUCAUGAAGGAGGCUUCUCUGCUCUACUGUAUUCCUCAGAAUCGCUUCCAGCACCACUUUGCCACGGGUCGCCUCAGUCUGCAGGAAACCAUCUACGCUCACUGCGCCUGGGUCUUUGUCCAGCAGUUCCUGAACCGUCUCGGCUCCGAGUACACAUCGUUGUCGGCGCUGCUCGACUCCAACAACAGCGUGCAUGCUGAAUUGCUCUCCAAGAUCAAGAAGCGUCUGCGUACCGAGACCUUUACCGCGGAUUACAUCUUUGAGAUCAUCAACAGCUACCCCGAGCUGAUUCACAAGCUCUAUCUGGGCUUCGCCAACACCCACUAUGUUCAGAUCACGGAACGCGGCGACGAUUUCCUGCCCACCCUCAGCUACCUCCGUCUGCAGGUCGACGAGGUCCUGGAUGACAAGAAGCUCAAGCAGUUGAUCCGCAACACGGCCGCCAACGAGCACGACGAGAUGGUCAUGAACUCCUUCCGCGUCUUCAAUAACUCUGUUCUCAAGACCAACUUCUUCACCCCAACCAAGGUCGCGCUCAGCUUCCGCCUGAAGCCCGACUUCCUGCCCGAGCAUGAGUAUCCUCAGCCGCUGUACGGUAUGUUCCUUGUGAUCAGCUCCGAGUUCCGUGGUUUCCACCUGCGUUUCCGUGAUAUCGCCCGUGGUGGUAUCCGUAUUGUCAAGUCUCGAAACAAGGAGGCGUACAGCAUCAAUGCCCGCUCGCUCUUCGAUGAGAACUACAACCUGGCCAACACGCAACAACGCAAGAACAAGGACAUCCCCGAAGGUGGAGCCAAGGGUGUCAUUCUGCUUGAUGUGAAUCACCAGGAUAAGGCGCGGGUCGCCUUUGAAAAGUACAUCGACUCUAUCAUGGACCUGCUGCUGCCGCCGGUCAGCCCCGGUAUCAAGGAUCCCAUCGUGGACCUGCACGGCAAGGACGAGAUCCUCUUCAUGGGUCCCGACGAGAACACUGCCGAGUUGGUGGACUGGGCCACUGAGCACGCUCGUGCUCGUGGGGCUCCCUGGUGGAAGUCCUUCUUCACUGGAAAGAGCCCCAAGCUGGGUGGUAUUCCCCACGACACCUACGGCAUGACUACUCUUUCCGUGCGUCAGUACGUGCUUGGUAUCUACCGCAAGCUCGGUAUCGAUCCCUCCACCAUGCGCAAGCUGCAGACUGGUGGGCCCGACGGCGAUCUCGGUUCCAACGAGAUCCUGCUCUCCAAUGAGAAGUAUGUCGGUAUCGUCGAUGGUGCGGGUGUUCUCGUCGACCCCAACGGACUGGAUCACGCUGAGCUGCUCCGCCUGGCCAAGAAGCGGGUCAUGAUCUCCGAGUUUGAUCUGAGCAAGUUGUCCCCGGCUGGCUAUCGCGUGCUGGUGGACGAGAAGAAUGUCAAGCUGCCUUCGGGUGAGGUGGUCCACAAUGGCAUGAAUUUCCGCAACACCUUCCACUUGCGUCAUGCCGAGGGCGAGCAAUUCGACGUCUUUGUUCCGUGCGGUGGUCGUCCCGAGUCCAUUGACUUGUCGACUGUGGGCAAGCUCAUCCAGGACAACAAGGCUAUCAUUCCUUACAUUGUGGAGGGCGCCAACCUCUUCAUUACCCAGGACAGCAAGCUGCGCCUUGAGAAGGCCGGCUGCAUCCUGUUCAAGGAUGCAUCUGCCAACAAGGGUGGUGUGACGUCUUCCUCGCUUGAGGUCCUUGCCUCGCUGUCCUUCAACGACGAGGAAUUCGUCGAGAACAUGUGCGUCGCCGAGGAUGGCACCGUUCCCGAGUUCUACCAGGCCUAUGUCAAGCAGGUCCAGGCGAUCAUCAAAGAAAACGCCGAGCUGGAGUUUGAGGCCAUCUGGCGUGAGCAUGAGCAGACUGGCGUGCUGCGCAGUGUUUUGAGUGACCGUCUCAGCGUGGCGAUCACCAAGCUGGACGAAGAACUGCAGCAGACGGCAUUGUGGGACAACAUUCCCCUUCGCCGUUCAGUGCUCAGUGAUGCUCUCCCCAACCUGUUGCUGAAGAAGAUUGGUCUGGACACCAUUCUGGAGCGGGUCCCCGAGAACUACCUCCGUGCCAUCUUUGGUAGCCACCUGGCCAGUCGCUUCGUCUACAAGUAUGGCAACCAGCCAAGCCAGUUCUCCUUCUUUGACUUCAUGACCCAGCGUAUUUCCCAAAUCCAGUCCUCUUAG